CCAGUUAUGAGUUAAAAUAUAUUUGAGAGAGCAGCAACAGAAACUGCAGACACGACGUAUACGCAACGUUUAGCAGCUGCGACGGCGGCUUUUAAUGGCAGGCUUGGACGGGAGCCAUUUUAAGCUGAUUGACAUGCCGGGAGAUACGCGCGAACAAGCCAAAAGAUGAUUAUGACAAAAUCGAUAAAGUUGUAUAGUAAAGCAAAUGGACAAGCGACAACAACAGCAACACAUACACGAAAUAGUAUUUCAAGCGCUGAUGAGAGAUUUGCAAGGCUUUGUUCUUGCCCUUGACUAUCUAGAGGGUCCGAUCUGUGGCUGUGCUAUCACUGAACCUAAUUUACUUGGCUAAAAAGACACAGAAAAAAGAAACAGAAUAACAAUGCCUUUCCCAUUGGCCCAAUGCCAGGACGAGGCGUAAGUGGCUCUAGUUUUGCAUGGCCAUUUAUCUGCUCGAAUGAGUGUGUUCAGUGUGUGUGUGUGUUGAGCAUCAUAAUGAGAGCUUUACAUGCCAUGCGCCCGCAGAGAUACAACUUGCUCGCCUGCGUCGAGCGCAUAAAUUUCAAGGACGGUGGAACGUUCGCUGGUGCCAUGCGGUGACUGGAGCUACGCGUGAGAAGCGACCAGAGAAUCAACAUAAACAAAAGAAAACGGGAGAAGAAACAGAUGCAUACACACACACUAACAGAAAGAAAACAGUGAGGAAAAUGUGCCAAGCGCGAGAAAUAAAUUGACAGCCCGCGGGUAUGCAACGGUUUUGCUUCGCUCCAAGCGUGGACCACUGACCGUUCAAUGAAAAGUUUGGUUGCCUGCGAGCCAACCUGUAAUGAUAACGAAAAGGGGGCGCAUACUCCUAGCUCAGAUGAGGAUAACUCACCCACCGAGCUCAACAGUUGCAAACGGCUAACGGACAAACCGCCACUGGUUAAGCGCUUGACCAUGGGUCUGUUGCGCCACAAUGAGGAGUCACGCCCACUGGUGGCAAACGUAACGCCCCUCAGCGCAGCUGCCUUGAGCUGUGAGCACGCUGGUCCCAUCUACUCAAAUGGUUACAUCAAUGAGGACUCGUAUAUCGACAGUAAAUUUGGCGACUCCUGCCGUCAAUCUCUGACAGCCAUACCCAUGCUGGACAAUGUGAGUCUCAACAAUGACAACAGUGAAUUCAAUCUGAAGAAGCGAUAUCUACGCGAAACCAGCAGCGCCAAUUCCAGUCCCAAGAUCUUCGCCAAUCGCCUGCGAUUCAAUAAUGCUUCAGCUACAGCCGCUGCCGCUGCUGCUGCUGCAACGAGUUUAGCAGCUACUCAGCGCAGCAGCAGCUUGGCCAACACGCACACAGCUCGAGAUAACGCGGAGGAGGAGUCAGACACAGAGCUUAAAGCAGCAAGUUGGUAUCAGGCCGGUAUCUCACGUGACAUCGCAGUCGAGGUGCUGCAGAACAAGAGUCCAGGUGCAUUCCUUGUGCGAAAGAGCAGUUCAAGGCCCGACUGCUAUGCGCUUACCCUACGCGUACCCUCACCUCCCGGACCCAAGGUUGCCAACUAUAUAAUACUGCGCUCGCCACGUGGAUAUAAGAUUAAGGGUUUUCGCAAGGAGUUCUCUAGCUUAAAGGCUCUAAUAACCCAUCACUCAGUUAUGCCGGAGCUGCUGCCCGUUCCCCUGGCCAUGCCUAGGCCCACAAAUAUGUCCUCUUCGCGACGCAAUCUAGAUGACUUUGAUACCUACGACUCGCUGCAAAUGCUGCUCAAGUAUCUGCGUGCCAAGAAUCUGGAAACGGAGCAGUAGUAACCAGAGGCAUACAAAUAGGACCCACUCAGAGACAGAGACAUAGACGGAGGGAGAGAGUAUCUCCAAGUCAUAGUUAUUGAUAGAGCGUAAAAUAUGUAUUUCGAUAACAAUAAAUGUGAUACUCUAUUAAAAGCCGCGCACACAAACAUACAUCCACACUAUAUAUAACUGCAAAUGAAACGCCUAGUUGAUAAAUGGUGAAAAUAAUUCUAAUUUAGUUUGAGACUAUCUUUUUGGCCAAGGGAAAAAAAGUAAAAAUGUUAAUACGGAAAGCGCUUUAUGUUCUACUAUAAUUAUAACCUAACUAAUCUAAACUUUUCCCAUCAUAAAUCAAAUGCUUACCUUGGUUUGAUUUGGUGUUAUUCCUUCCCACGCAAUUGUAAUUCCAAUUCAAUUUUCCAUUGCGCAAAACGUGAAAAAUAAUAAAACACAAAGAUAAAAGAAUAUAUGAUUAAUUAACAAUUUAUAUAUAUGUAUUAAAAAUGAUUUGUUAAAUGUUGUUGCAGCUUCAAUUGUUAAGCAUAAAAAAAUAUACUAAGCAAAAAUUGAAUAUUUUAAAUUAAGAUAAACAAAUUGCAACAAAUACAACCAAACAAAAACGACCGUAAUUCUGUAUAUAAAGCACUAACCUAAUAUAAUUGAAAUAAAUAAAGUUAUUUAAUUUAUAUAUAAAAA